CUUUGGCUCCUUGCCUCUGUGUUCCGUCCCCAGUGGCCUCACAGGAGCCCCGUGAGCAUGACACAGCUGCUGCUGCUCAUUGUGUCUCUCCUGGUCCUGGGUCACGUGCCACCAGGGAGAAGUGAAUUCAAACGCUGCUGGAAGGGCCAUGGAGCCUGCCGGACUUACUGCACAAGGCAAGAAGCCUACAUGCACCUGUGCCCAGACGGCUCCCUCUGCUGCCUCCCCUAUGGACUCAAGUCUCCGGUGCCCGCUAAGCCAGAGAAAGUGUAG